AUGUCUUCCGCCCAAAAUGCUCCAAGAGAAAAGAAUUUUACCCUCAAGCAGCAGGCCAACACUCAAAGUCCGCCAUACGCGAUUGUCGCCAAUGGCCCUCCGCGGAAGCCAAGCAAUGCCGCCAUGAACCCGGCUCCUCGAAAACGAACAGGACGAGAAGAUCGCGAGGCGGAACAAAAGCGCUUGCAGAGAGCUCUUGCUCUAUUUGAGUAUAUUGACCGUAUGAAGGAGAAGGAAGACGCCUUGAAACGUAUGAUGCUUGCUGAUCGAAUAUCACAGCAAAAGGAACAAUUGGAUAGAACGCAGAUAAAAUUACAACGACAACAACAAGAGAGAGCUCUUGCAGAAGAGGCCAAAAGGAAGCAGUUUCUGAUCGAGCGUCGAAAAAAAUUGUAUUCAACAUCGCGCCUCAACCCACCUAUACGACAGUCUCUUGAGCAUCCGCAUUAUCAAGUUAUAGAAAAACCUGAUCGGCUCUACCAACCCCAUCUUGUUACCAUGACCCAGGACACAGUACGAGCGUCUCAACAGUCCAUCCAACCGGGUGCCUUAGUAUCAUCACCAAGCCAGCCUUCUGCCAAAUUGGGAUCGUUGGUAACAUCCAACUUGAAUCUCGGAGGUAAUCAGCAGCAUCAGAGGAGUAUCAGCGCCUCCAUACCACUGCACAUUGGAUCCAGUAGGGAUGUCGAUGCCCCAUAUCGUGCCGGCCGAUUACCUUCUCUAACUGCGUCGCAAAUUCCGCGGUAUUGCCUAGAGGAUAAGGAGAAACUAGCCGACAUACCGACCAAACGACUGUACAGAGGUCAGGUCUACCGGCAUCAGGCCGCCGACGUUAAACUUCUCCGUAACGUCCUCAACGAACAGCCCCUGCCCAUCGCGAAACGCUAUAAAUUCACACGAACGGGUCUUCGGCAUCUCAAUCUCCAAAACAUUCGGCCGAGAAUAGACGCUCGGCGGCCGCGAAUGGGUAGCCGUGCAGCAAAGCGGUAUAGAAGAUUCUCGCGACGAAAGAGUAGCAUAGGAGGGGCAGUCCACCGAGAAAGAGAAGCGGCUAUCCAAGCGUCCUUCAAGACAGCGGAGAUGUACAAUGCUUUUAUGCGAAGGUACGAAGAACCUCCUGUCAUAGUGCGGGCAUCAGAUGCGGAAACAAAGCCUCCGCGCACCGCGCCUUACGUUGACCGCCUCGCAGCCAAGCGCAUGAUGUACAACACAGCUACCAGGAAUCGUCAACGAACACUUAUUUUCGCCCAAAGCGGCGGUACAACUGGAGGAGCCAGCACCAUGCCUGCGACGAACACAAUACUCUCGACCAUACCGACAUAUUCCACAGUCAGUAGAGGCCUCGAGGCUUUUGCCCCACUCCUAUUGCAUGUGGUAACAGAUGCAGAUGUGGAAAUGCCGGACAUCGACAACGAAGAGGACGAUGAAGCCGAUUGCGCCGACGCUGCUGAUGACUCCCGCCCAGCAACCCUCUCAAGUGCGGCACGAUCAUCAACUCCUCUACAAGCCGCAUACGUGUCCCAGGCACCUCAAAGACGGCCAACACUUGAAUCUACCUACAAACAUCGCAACUCAAUGACACUCCAGUCACGGCCGCCGUCCGCUCUGGCCUUUGGGUCGCCGGCAGAACAGCGUCGCCGAUCGAUCAUAUCCGCCUCUCGACAUACCUUGCGGGAGUCACCGUCGCAUUCUCGACGCUCCUCAAUCUCACAACAACAGAUCAUGGCACUAGCAACGGAACGGAUGUCAGCCGGAAGAAGGGGACCUGCGUCAGUCCGACGAGAGCCCGUUGCUGGCGAAGCCGAUAAAACGUCGGACAAAACAGGCGAGAAACAGAACGGUGAUAUAAAAACAUUUGCGCGGACCGACACCAACACACCCAAUCCUGAAGCUGUAUCAAUUUCAAGGCCGUUGUCCUCAUCCCAGCAGAAAUCUGCUCGGCCGGCAUCCAGCAGACGUGUUUCGAUUGCGGCUCCUCCUACCAGCUUAUCACGAAGAGGUACAUUAACAGGGAAAAUUUCCAAUUUUUCUGCUCUUGUGAAGGCAGCCCUUGAUGCACGCGAGAAGGAUAGCCUCGCAGAAAAGACGGCCAAAGCUGAGAUGGAAAUGCUACGAGAAACCCCGAAUAUCGACGAUGAUGCAGAAGAUGUUAUCGAGGAGGAACCGACGGCGAUCGUCGAACCUUGCCCAAUACAACCUGAGGCGAAUAUUCCCGACACCCUGACUCCAGACCCGGGCGAAGCGGCUGAGAGGCAGAACAUGGUUGAGCUUGAAAACGCACGCCCCGGCUCUUCUGAGCCAAUUGACAGGUCUCGAUCCAUAUCACGCCCAUCUACAUCCUCUAUCUUGAAAUCCCGUCCGCCGUCGUCCACUUUGAGCACACACCGCAGCUGCGCAUCAUACACAUCAGCGACUAGUCCAUAUCCAUGUGAAACUCCCCAGACGCCUUCUGAACCUGAAAUCCCUGCACGUCUGCCUACCAAAAUCCGCACCAAACGGACGUGGGAGCCCAUAUCUCUCACUGCCGCCGCUGAAACCAAGAAGACAGUGAUCCCCACUAUGCUCCUCCGACUACCAUCAACACUGAAGGCAGCGCAUUGCGACGAAAAGCGCUUGCUAAUGCAAGUGCACCUAUGGGCUCCACUUGGUAACUGUGCUCCAAGUGUGGAAGAGGGCACCCCACCGCAGGCCUUACCGAACGUCCUUCGAUUUUGGAGCCCGCAAUGAUCAAUUGUAAUGUAGAGGCGAUGAUAGGGCACAGGCAGACAGAAAUAAACCAAUCGAACUGCAUACCACUUGAGCCAACCAAUGAAUCGACAGUAGGUGAAACCUGCUACUAUUAUAUGUCUUUGUGCAAAAUGGGUUUCCCAUCUCUUCCAUGAUAUUUUUGUGAUAGUGUAGAGGUGAUUGAAAAUGGCACUAGAACUCAUUAUUAUCUGGAUUAUUCUGGUUAAUCAUAUCGCAUAAUCAGCACCCC